AUUCAAAUUUCCACUUUAUAUUAAUGGUUAAUUAGGAAGCGAUGUUACUAAGAAGCCCCUACAUUUCAAGACGAGUGGUUAGAACCACCCACUCUCUUUACUCCAAGACAAACGGAGGGAAAAUCGAAAGUCACUGUUAACUUCGUGAAAUAACAAUUUUGCAAAUUAGCACUAAAUUCUCACGGAUACACGGAGAACAAAACACGGGGGAUACAAGUGUUACUAAUGUAAUCAGAUAAGAAAUUGUCGCAUGCUAAUGCGUGACCAUGUCUCAAGCAACCCUUUUGGAGGAGAUUAUCCACUGGAGUGAGGAAACAUGUCGACAGGAGCUCAAAUCAGUACUGCCCAAGCUUGUCUCGCAUCUUCACGCUGACAAACAGGAUGAACUUAUACGUGUCUUCAAAAUAAUCACAGAGAUGUUUAUUCCUCACAUGAGCAUGGUAGAGCUUGAGGCUGAGUGUUUCUCUAAGGUCUUGCCCAAGGUUGUAAAGAUGUUUAAUGACUUGGUAGAAGAGAUCUCAAGCCAAGUAGGAGGAAUGUCUAGUCAGAACUCAGAGCUGCGUGCAUUUCUGAGGAACAGUCUGCAGGCUAUGGUCCAAAUUUUGGAAACUCUGUCAGGUUGUGUUCGUCAUGUCUGCUCUUUCAAGGACUCCCUAACUCUGGAGACUGUUCGCUCUUUACCUUUCUGCAUUUUGAAGGUCUUGAAGGACACUUUUCUGCACUGCAAGGAGAGCGAGGUUGUGUAUGGUGGCCGUAUGUCUCUGGUCACUGACCUCCUACAGGCCUUGUUCAAAGAAGCGUACUCUCUCCAGAAGAGUCUGAUAGAGCUGCUGGACAGGAUAGCCUUGGGGAGUGCAGCUUCUGAGCAAGAGGUCUCUGAUAUUUUGGCAGCUAUUCACAGUCUCUUGGAAAUAUGCUCUGUAAUAUCAAACCUGGACAUUGCCUUGCAUGCAAACACAUGGAAGUUUAUAAUUCGGCAAAGUGUGAAGUACCAGGCGCUGCUGGAGGAGCAGCUGCACCACGGUGACAUCGUGUCCUGUCUGUGUGACGACCUGCUGGCCUCCUUCCACACCUGUCUGGAGCUCGCCCAGCAGAUGAAGCAGUCUGGGACGCAGGAAAAUGUACAGUGUCCUGAAUUCAAGUUGUUCCAGAAAACGACAAAGAUGUGUAGGUUUUUUGCCAACACAUUAGUCCACUAUGUAAAGGAAUUCACAGCUUUUCUAGCGAAGUCUUGUGGAUACUUCCACCAUGUCUACCUUCAGAUCUUGAGCAAGCUGCCCCCCAGCCUGUGGUCCCCGCCCAUCUCCAGCGUGCACAGCGGCGAGAUGAGCAGCGUGGUGCUGGUGGCCAUGGACGCCCUCAUUGCCCAGCUGCUGCCCUUCAGGCCUUUCGCCGAAGCCGUGCUGGCAGAGAAGCAGCCAGAUGCAGAGUCCGGUCCGGAGCUCCUGUUCCCUCAUUGCCUCCUGCUGGUGAACAUCACGGGCAAGCUCUCCUCCCAGCCAGAGGAGGUGCUGCGCUUGUGGUGUGAGGGCAGCAGGUUCCCGGAGGACACGCCCAAGCUGACGGUCUUCCAGGCGCUGUUUCGAUGCGUCGCAGACGGCUGCUCCCCGCGUCAUGCCGGCGGCCCAGGCUGGUCUCCGAGGCGCAUGUCGGACUUCGCGGCAGUGCCCGCAGAGCCUGGUGCGGGCUGCACGCUCGAGAACGACUGGCUAGCAGCUGCGGCCUGCAGCGGCCAGCUGCGGCAGGCGCACUUGCGGCUAGCUGGGAGAGCGACCUUAGACAGCGAGCUGGUAGCAGCGCGAAUGGAGAACAGGGAUACGGCUGCAGAGGGAAGGAGGAGCUGGUGUUUCUGCUCUGCUCAGGAGCGCACCCUGCUGGAGGUGCUUCUGCAGCCGGACACUCAGACGGCUCUCCUGGCGACUGACGUCUGGUGCUUUAUGGCACGCUACGGAACAGCAGAGCUGUGUCUGCAUCAUGUGGUCCUCGCAGCUCAUCUGAUCAAGGCCUGCCCUGGGGAGUGUUACCAGCGGUCCCACCUGGCCAUGCUGCUGAGGCGGAUGAUGUUCCUCAUGACCCCCCAGCACCAGGCGGAGGUGGCGGAGAGGUUCCCCCCCGGGCUGGCGGAGAACCUGGCGGUGUGGCGGCACGUCCUGCUCCGGGCGCUCUCGCAGGACGUCGGGCGGCGCGUGGAGAGGGACGUCAUGAGUGCGGCGGGCGCCGCGGUGACGGGCUGGCUGGAGACAGGCUGCAGGCUGGGAGAGCUGGAGGCGGUGAAUGUGGCGCUGGCGGCCUCUCUGGCUGUGGUUCGAUGCGAAGCCACAGGGUCAGAGAGUGUGUCCUCUGUCCUGAGAAUGGUCUCUCGCCUUUGGCCUCGCAUGUGUGUUAGCCAGGUGCAGGCUUACCGUCCAGUUCAGUGCACCCUGCGCCUGCUCCUGUCCAUCUGUGCCAUUUUAGUGCAGAGCGUAGAUUCCCACGUCAUCUGCCAGGCUCUGACCUGUCUGAGCUCACUGCUGUCACAGAAGUGCCCAGAUGAUGUUGUGCUGGCAGCCCUGGACUUUCUGUCAUCCCUGGGGAAGUUGUUCAUACCUCCUGAAAUUCAGAGCCAAGUUCUGCCCAAACUCUCCAGCCUGUUCAGUGUCUUGCUGGCCAACGAGUCGUGGAUUCUUCACCAGCACACCCUAGAGGCCUUCUCCCGCUUUGCAGAGGUAACCAAUCAUGAAGAGGUGAUCUCCCAAAGUUUGACAUCAGAACACUCAAAAAAUGAAGUGGUGAAUUUCCUCAGCAAGAUUGUGCAUGUGGACAAAACGGCAAAAGAACGAGUUGAGAGGUUAAAAUCGGAAAAGUCUGUUUUAGAUCGACACAAUGCCAGACUGGAGAAUGAUAGUAUGGAGUCGACAGGUGACGUACAGCCAUGUUCAAAACGAUCUCGACAAGAGACCAGUGAAGAGGAAGAGUAUGAAAAGUAUCUCCAGACAGCAGAAAGCUCUCUGAAAACACUGUGCACCUUAACUGAACAAAUUCCGCCACCACAAUGGGUGACGGCCCGGCUCUUGGACCUGCAGGCACUGAUAACCCGAAUCAACACAGCCAGGCCUUUGAAAACUUAGCCCUGCAGCGGCAGCAGCCAGCCACAGUGGCUCUGAACUGUUCAUUCACACCCUUGUUUUUAUGUAGUAGUCCUCAAUUGUUUCUUUUCCACAGAACGGUGAUGUGUUCCUUGUGUGUCAAAUUCUGUUUAUAUUGCAAGGGUCAACAUACGGUCACCAAACGAUUGUAUUUUAUAUUUUAUUAAAUUUUGAUAAAUGAAAUUCAUCAUACUACUUCUUUCGAUUGUGAAAAUUACACCUGUGUAUUCAGUUGUUCUGCCAGCCCAAGUUUGAUAUUAGAAAUAGUCUUGAAUGGAAAUAAAACCUUAAGUGCCUUUUUGCUUAUGGACUACA